GCAAAGGGCGUGUGACUGUAAAGAGGAAGCUGUCACUGAGUCCUCAUAAUUUGUUGAUCACUUAUAUCAUCUUUUUCACCUCGGUGGGGUGAAUGAGAGGCGAAUACGGUGCACCAAAGGGACAGUAACGUCACUGCUCUAUGCUCCUGUAAUAUUGCGUAAGAACAGAUGCGAACGGCUGGCUGAUAUUUCACAGCUCAUUACGAUGGAGGGGAAUUUUGCGGAUCUAAAAACAUCUUAGCACAGCAGAUCGGACACGGAAGGGAUCAAACUACAUCAUCCAGACAAUAUUUCAGCAGUGGAGUGGAGUAAACAUAGAAGAUGGCAGGCCCCGAUCACCCGCAACAGCAGGUUGAAGAGAAAGCCGAACAGAUAGAUGACGCCGAACUGGCAUUCCAGGGCAUUCACAUGCUGCUCAACAAUGGCUUCAAAGAAAGCGACGAGCUCUUUAAGAGAUACAGGACUCAUAGUCCGCUAAUGAGCUUUGGGGCCAGUUUCGUCAGCUUCUUGAAUGCCAUGAUGACAUUCGAGGAGGAAAAAAUGCAGAUGGCCAGCGAUGACCUAAGGACUACCGAAAGACUUUGCGAGAGUGACAAUGCCGGCGUCAUCGAGACCAUCCGCAAUAAAAUCAAGAAGAGUAUGGACUCCCAGAGAUCAGGGGUGGAGGUUGUGGAUCGCCUGCAGAGACAGAUAAUUGUAGCAGACUGCCAGGUCUAUCUUGCCGUACUGUCCUUCAUCAAACAAGAACUCUCAGCUUAUAUCAAAGGAGGCUGGAUCCUCCGCAAGGCCUGGAAAAUGUACAACAAAUGCUACAGCGACAUCAGCCAACUGCAGGAAGCUUGUCACAGACGGUCCUCCGACCAGGAGGGGGCGCUGGCCUCCGAUCAGGUCAACCAUAACACAUCUUCAACAGAGAGUGGUGGCAGGAUAACAGAAGAGGUUCUGGAUCGUCUCAAAGGUUCGGUCAGCUUCGGUUAUGGGCUUUUUCACCUGUGUAUUUCAAUGGUACCUCCACACCUGCUCAAGAUCGUAAACCUGUUGGGUUUCCCUGGAGAUCGCCACCAAGGUCUUGCCUCAUUAGCCUACGCCAGUGAGAGCAAAGAUAUGAAAGCACCACUUGCCACUUUGGCCCUCUUGUGGUACCACACAGUGGUGCAGCCCUUCUUUGCCCUGGAUGGCUCUGACUCAAGUGCUGGACUGCUGGAGGCCAAAGCCAUUCUGCAGAAGAAGGCAGUGGUUUAUCCGAACUCCUCUCUCUUCAUCUUCUUCAAGGGACGAGUACAGAGAUUAGAGUGCCAAAUCAACAGUGCAUUGGCUUCAUUCCAGGAUGCUCUGGAGUUGGCCUCAGACCAAAGAGAGAUUCAACAUGUGUGCCUCUAUGAAAUCGGUUGGUGCAGCAUGAUAGAGAUGAACUUUGAAGAUGCCUACAGGUCUUUUGAACGACUGAAGAAUGAAUCUCGAUGGUCGCAGUGUUACUAUGCUUACCUCACUGGAGUAUGUCAGGGAGCCUCUGGUGAUCUAGAGGGAGCCAAGGCCAUUUUCCAAGACGUUCAGAAGCUUUUUAAGCGCAAGAACAAUCAGAUUGAGCAGUUUGCACUCAAAAGGGCAGAGAGAUUGAGGAAAAUGUCCCUGACACGAGAGCUGUGCAUUUUGGGUGUUGUGGAGGUACUAUACUUAUGGAAAGCUCUUCCAAAUUGCUCUUCCUCCAAACUCCAGCUUAUGAACCAAGUGCUACAGGGGCUGGAUGACCAGUCAAGUCAUGGCCUAAAACAUCUGCUACGUGGUGCUAUUCAGAAAUGUCUUGGAAAUUUUAUGGGUGCUGUUCAGUCGUUUCAGUUGGCAGCACAAGAUGAAUACGGUCGUCAGAACAACAGCUAUGUGCAGCCCUAUUCCUGCUAUGAGCUUGGCUGUGUGUUACUGGCCAAACCUGAGACUCUGAGUAAAGGAAGAUCAUUACUGCUUCAGGCUAAGGAGAACUACAGUGGGUAUGACUUUGAGAAUCGAUUGCACGUCCGUAUCCAUUCUGCCCUUGCCUCCAUAAAGGACGUGGUCCCACAUUGACCCUGUCCAACCGGGAAGUGCACUGUACUUUGACCACUCCUGUCCAGCACUUUUUGUAAUGAAAGCCAUUUGAAGUAAUCGUGCUUAUCUGGUUGAGAGAGUGAAAGUUAACUAACUUCAUUUAACGCAGAGAAUGAGUUUGCCAAUUGUUUGUUUCAACAUUGCAUUUAGUCUAGUAUCAGGUUCACAAAUAACUGUUGGUUAUUAUAACAUGUAGCUGUUGAUCCGUCCCAAAGAUUUCUCACUUUCACAUUUAAACCCAGUUCCAUAGAUUAGGUACAUUGUCCGUGUGUGUUUGGUAUUGUUCUGAAAUGCAGAAAGUAUUUAUUGUUAAAUGUGGAUGUAUAGAAAUGUUGAACCUAACUCUCACAAUGAAACGCAAUGAAAAUAUACUGUAUUGAAUAGAAAAACUGUUUAGAUCCUUUUACCAUAGCUUGCCCUAUCAUACAGAACACAUUAGCAUGGGAUAGAAGUCAAUAUUAUAUAACAUAACACAAGAGAACACAUGAAAUGAAAAAAAAUCUUAUGUAAUAAGAUUAUUGUAUCCAAACUUAUAUCUGUAAGUCAGAUCAAGAUUGUGUGCACCAUAUGGAUGUCUAGUCUAGUGGUUGACCGAUAUGGGUUUUGCAAAAAUAAUUGCUGAUACCGAUAUCUAGGGAGUUGGGCAGAUGGCAGUAUACUGAUAUAUGAGAUGGAUUGAUGAUAGCAAAUGACACAUACACAGUUAUCGACCAAUUCAAAUAAUCUUGAAAUGCACAAAUAUCGGCCUGGCCGAUAAGAUGCCGAUACCGAUUUCUAGGGAGUUCGGAAGCUGAUGGCAGUUAUAAUACUGAUAUAUGGAACAGUUAGAUGAUGGCACAUGUCACAUACACAGUUAUCGGCCAAUUCCAAUAAUUUCGAAACGCACAAAUAGCAGCCAUAUAUCGGCCUGGCUGAUAAAUUGCCAUUUCUGAUAAGGAGUUGGUUGGCCGAUGGCAGCUAUAGUACUGAUACGUAUAUGUAACAGUUUGAGGAUAGCAAAUGACACAUACACAGUUAUCGGCCAAUUCUGAUGAUCUUGAAAUGCCCAAAUAUCGGCCUGGUCGAUAAAAUUCCGAUACCGAUAUCUAGUGAGUCAGGUUGCCGAUGGCAGUUAUAAUACUGAUAUAUGUCACAGUUUGAUGAUAGCAAAUGACACAUAUACAGUUAUCUGCCAAUUCUGAUAACCUUGAAAUGUCAGAAUAUCGGCCUGUACGAUAAAUUGCAGAUACCGAUGUCUAGUGAGUUGGGUGGACGAUGGCAGUUAUAGUACUGAUAUAUGUAACAGUUUGAUGAUAGCAAGUGACAUAUACACAGUUAUCGGCCAAUUCGCAUAAUCUCUAAAUGGCCAGAUAUCGGCCUGCCCGAUAAAUUGCCGAUACUGAUAGGGAGUUGGGUGGCCGAUGGCAGUUAUAAAACUAAUAUAUAUGUAACAGUUUGAUGAUAGCAAAUUAUACAAACACAGUUAUCUGCCAAUUCCGAUAAUCUUGAAAUGCCCAAAUAUUGGCCUGGCCUAUAAAUUGCCGAUACAGUAUCUAGGGAGUUGGGUGGCCGUUGGCAGUUAUAAUACUGAUAUAUGUAACAAUUUGACUAUAGCAAAUGACACAUACAUAGUUCUUGGCCAGUUCUGAUCAUCUUGAAAUGCCAAAUAUCGGCCUGGCUGAUAAAUUGCUGAUACCGAUAUCUAGGAAGUUUGGUGGCCUAUGGCAUUUAUAAUACUGAUAUAUGAAACGGUUGGUGACAGCAAAUGACACACACACAGUCAUCGGCCAUUUUCGAUCAUUUCUAAAUGGCCAGAUAUCGGCAUGGCCGAUAAAUUGUCUAUCAUUAGUCUAGUCACAGACUGUUAAAGUGUAUGGCAAACACAAUAUUUCAGGUUAAAACACAUUGCAUUCAAGGUUGGCUGUUUUCAUUGUAUGUAUUGCGUUUGUUGCCAAUAUCCAUCGUAACACUAGACUACAUAUCCCUUUAUGAUUGUUAACCCUAACAGGGGGGCUCUGGUCAUUUGAAAUGCUAUAAUGUGUAAUAUUUUAUGACAGCAAUUGGAAAAAUAUGACUAAGUACAGCUCACCUGAAAUGUUUUAUUUUAAGUUAGAGAGUAGCAGCAACUACUUUGCCAUACCCUUCGUUGCCAUGUCCUCUGCUGGUCAGCAACUUGUGACAGCAAUUCGAUUUUCUGAAGUGAUAAACCAUGCACAACUACCUACUGGUCUUCCUCAGGGCCAGAGGAAGUUGUUUCAUAUAACAUAUUUUUGUCUUGUUACUUUUGAUGAGCCGUAUGUUGUAUUUGUUUUUCCUGUAAUUAUGUUGUUGGCCCACAUUUAUGAUUUGUACACUUUUAACAUCACAUUAGUGUCUGUUUUUGAUAAUGUUGCCUCUGAAUAACUUGAAUUGAGUUGAGUCUGUAUAUAUAUAUAUAUAUAUUGUGAAAUUGUUGUGAAACUUGCACUUCCUUAUUUUCUUGUCCCAGCAGAUGUAAAAUAUUGGUCCUUCCUGUGGGGUUUAUUCGCUACCAAUCUGUAUAUGAUUCUCUAUCCACAAGCCCUUCUGGUUUCUCUCUGUAACCUCUGCAUACAUGGGAGGCUUGAUUUAAACCUCAAAACAUGUCUUCACUGUGAAAUGUGUCAAUAUUGGAUGUUCAGGGUAUUUAUACCUUGUGAAGACAAUACAAUAUGAACAUUUUCAUAAUAAAAUAACAAUGAAACUUGCC